AUUUUUUUCCUAUAAAAAGAAAAAGAAGCUGGCAAAGCUCCAACCGGUCAUCAGUGCAGGUUCUGUAUUCUGCGUUCCUUUCCUUCAUUUCUUUUUCUUCACUUGAAACGCUACGUACGUGUGUGAAGGUGCAAUUGUUUAGCAUCUGGGUGUAACUUCACAUGAAUAUCGAAAAGACCAACAACCGUAGAGAAGAAGAAAUCAUUUUGAACUCCAUAAGCCAGAUUCUUCUGGAAGAAGACCUGGAAGAUGUCACCACCACCGACAAGUUUCCAAAUGCGACACUUGAAGCUGCUGAAAAAUCCUUCUAUGAUGUUCUUUCUCAGAAAUUUUGUUCAUCAUCAACCUCCAUUAUCCCUCCGCUUAUUAUUAAUUCUUUCAACAGCCAAUCAGAUGAUCAUCAAUAUUACACUACCAUCUAUUCCAAUGAUGCCAUAGUCAGUAAUCUUCAUCAUAUUUCAUCUUAUAAUAAUAACAUUCCAGCUUUGCCUAAUUUCUACUCCACUGGUUCACAGUCAACUUCCUGCUCUUUGAGUACUAAUAAUGGCGAUUCCAUUAAUCGUCGGCCGCUAAAUAUGUAUCAUCCUUUCAGUAAAACUCCACUCACAGGUUUCAUUGAGAAGAAUGACAAUUUGAUUCCUCUUCACUUCAAUGAAACUUUGUCUACAGUUUCUUCUCAUCAUCUGUAUGGUAAAAUGAGGAAAAGGAAAAAUCACCACCACCCACCCACUGAGAUUCACGAGACAGAAAGAGAGAGGAAUAAUAAUUAUAAGCAUAGAGCACUUUAUCCUGAAGAUCAGUCAGACGAAUGCAUAGACUUGCUUGACAAGGUAUUGUUUUCUAAUGGUGAAGAUACUUAUAGCUCUGUAGAAACAUCCACUAAUCAUCAUCAAAUAAGCUGCAGACAGACAAAAGGGUGUAUUAUUGGUGGAUCACUCCGGAGGAAGAAAAAGACAAACAUUGAAGAUUUGGUAGAUUUGAGAGCUCUCCUCACGAACUGCGCAGAAGCCGUGGCGGUGAACAAGAGAGAAAGUGCACAUCAACUACUAACUCAGAUCAGGCAACACUCUUCUUGCUUUGGCAAUUCCUCACAGAGAUUAGCUCACUCAUUUGCUAAUGCUCUCGAUGCACGGUUAUCAGGUACAGGGAACGAAGUUUACAGAGCUCUAAAUGCCAAAAACUUUUCCGUCGUCGAUAAGCUAAAAGCAACCAGAUUAUUUCUCUCGGCAUGCCCUUUAAUCAAAACCUCAAAUUUCCUAGUAAACCAGAAAGUACUAGAGUUAGCUGAGAAAGCAAACACAAUCCACGUGAUCGAUUUCGGCAUUGGUCACGGUUUUCAAUGGCCGAGUCUUAUCCAACGCCUUUCGAGAAGACCGCGAGGACCGCCUCUUCUUCGAAUUACAGGAAUAGACGAUCCCUUGCCUGGUUUGCGGCCGGAAGCACGAUUAGAAGUAACAGGCACACGGUUAGCAAAAUACUGUAAGAGAUUCAAUGUCCCUUUCGUGUAUAAUUGCAUUGCAGCGAGAUGGGAAACAAUCUCAUAUGAAAACCUUAACAUUAAUCACAGAGAUGUUGAGGUGACCAUCGUUAACUGCUUAUUCCGAUUUCGACAUCUGCUCGAUGAGACCGUGAGUUGGGAUAAUCCGAGAGAUUGUGUUUUGAAGUUAAUAAGGAGGAUAAACCCUCACAUUUUUGUUCAUGGUGUUGUCAAUGCAAGCUAUGACGCUCCAUUCUUCAUGUCAAGGUUCAAGGAGGCACUCCACCAUUUCUCGGCGGUGUUCGAUAUGUUGGAGGCGACUUCGGGGAGCCAAGAAGGAGAUGAGAAGGAUAGGAUAAUGCUUGAGCAGGAGGUGUAUGGGAAGCACAUAUUGAACGUGAUAGCCUGUGAAGGAUUUGAGAGGAUUGAGAGGCCGGAGAUGUAUAAGCAGUGGCAGUUUAGGCAUCAAAGAGUUGGGCUUAGGCAGAUUCCAUUGAACAGAGAGGUGAUGAAGAAAGUGAAAGAACAAGUGAAGUCAAGUUACCAUAAGGAUUUCGUGGUGGAUGAAGAUGGUGAGUGGAUGUUACAGGGAUGGAAAGGAAGAAUCCUCUAUGCCCUUUCUUGUUGGAAACCUGCCUAGCUUGGAAUUGGAGUUAAUUAAGAAAUAAAUAAAUAAAAUAUAUAUAUAUAUAUAUAUAGAUAUACAUAUCCAGUUCUGAUUUAAUAGCAUAUAAUAUA